AUGGAGAAUACAGACUCCGAUCUAGAGCGGGAGAUACAGGCACAGAAUAAAACUCAAAGCGAACAAGAAAAUGAUAUAGAUGUGAAUUCAGAACUCUUGGCCAGUUAUAAGCCAAUCAGAGAUUCGUACACUAACGAAGCGAACUCGUUCAUAGGAGGAUCAGCCGUUAUAUCGAGAUCAGAAAGUACAAAAAAAAGACAAGGAAGUUCAAGAUCCCUUUUUGAAGAAGAGCCGGAGUUUGUGGAAGACGAUGAGCAGAAUGAAGAAGCCAAGAUAUUGGAUGAUGUUCGGCCUCAAAAAAAGAUUUUUACCUUUAGCUUGCCGUUUGGUGGGAAAAACCCACUUCCAGUAUCGCCCUUGAACUCUUUGAAAGCACUAUGGUCUAAUGAUCAGACGGUUUUCAUUGAAGAUGAUGAUGAGAGUAAAAUUAAUGAUAAUAAUAAUAUUAAUAACAAUAAUAAAUAUAAUAAUGACACCGAAAAUACCUUAGCGAAAAAAUUAGAUAGGGAAGAAAUAAAAUUAAAGCUUAAAAGGCAAGAAUCGAUAACAUCAAUUGAAGAAAGAUUUUUGUUUGCAAAUAACAAAAAGAUGCAAAAUGUCAGAUCCAAAGCUGUUAAAAAUGCACUAAAACCUGACACCUUAAUAAAUGUGUUCAAAAGCUUGUCAACUUCAGAGCCAAUUGAUAUGACUGAUGAUGGAUAUUCUAUGUCAAGGCUUGAAACAGUUUGGGAUGAGAUAAGUGGGGACAUUGUUAUACUAGGUGGUUAUCGCGGUAGUAUACUAAGAAAUGCAGAAACAAAAAAACGUGUUUGGAUUCCAAUCAAAGCUGGCUUUAAUAUUAAAAAAAUUAACUUACUGUUAGGUCCUGAGGAUGAAGAUGAAUUAAGAGCCAGUGAAACAAUAAUUCCAGAUGGAAUGCUAACGCAUAUUGGCCCAGUUGAUAUAGCAAGAAGAUUAAUCAAACGUCUAGCUAUGAAUCCAAACGUUAAUAUUGAAGACUUUGGAUAUGACUGGAGAUUGUCUUUAGAUAUUACUGCCUCCCAAUUGAGAGAGAAAUUACAAGCGUUGUAUGAUAAACAAAAAGUAAAAGUUGGAACCUAUGUUAUAGCGCAUUCCAUGGGUGGUCUUUUGGCCCAUAAAGUGCUACAGGAUGCAACGCAUCUAAUCAGGGGAAUAAUAUACGUUGGAGCACCUAGUCAGUGUCCAAAUAUUUUAGGGCCAUUGAGGUAUGGAGAUGAAGUUAUUUUGAAUAAAAGUAUUUUAAAAGCUGAAACCAACUUCUUCAUGAGAAGCAGUUUUUAUUUCCUGCCAAUAGAUGGAAGAUGUUUUGUUAACAGGAAAACAUUUGAACGUUACGACUUAGACUACUUCGACCCAGAGGUUUGGAAAGAGUAUGGAUUAUCACCUCUAGUUAAUAAAGACAGAGAGGAAAAAACUAAGGAUAACGAUACGCUUAAGGAGAGUUUAAAAAUGGCUUUUUUCUCCCCGGUAAAAAUGAUCAGGUCAUCUAGUAAUUUUUCAAAGGAAGAGUCUGAUGAUGAAUUUCAAACUUCCUUUGAAGAUUCGUACAGAUACUUGACAAAAAUCCUACAAAGAACUAAGAAGUUCAUGGACCAGCUACAGUAUGACCCUUCAAAAAAAUACCCUCCUUUAGCAAUAGUUUAUGGUGACAAAGUGCCAACAGUAAGAGGUGCAAAAGUGCAAAACCGUGAUGAGAUAAAAAAGGGCUACUAUCAGGACUUUUAUUAUGGAGCUGGCGAUGGGGUUGUUCACCACAAAUGGCUUCUUCCGGAAACUCGUGGUUUCCCUGUUGUCGCUAAGGUUUCGAGCGAGAUGCCUCAUGUAAGCUUAAUGACAGAUUUCGAAGCUAUUGCAAAGGCUUUCAUAUCGAUACUGGAUGCAGAACAGGAAACACACAGAAAAACAUAUUUCAUGAUUAUGAAAAACGAUACAUAA